CACAUCGCGAACGCACUUUUGUCGAGAUUUGACCACACAAGAUGGCGCCCACAGUCAAGCUGAACUCGGGCCACGAGAUGCCCCUCGUUGGUUUCGGCCUGUGGAAGGUCGACAACGCGACGUGUGCUGACACCGUCUACAACGCCAUUAAAGUCGGAUACCGGCUGUUUGAUGGUGCUUGCGACUACGGCAACGAGGUCGAGUGCGGGCAGGGCGUAGCCCGCGCCAUCAAGGACGGCCUCGUCAAGCGCGAGGACCUCUUCAUCGUCUCCAAGCUCUGGAACACCUUCCACGACAAGGAGCGCGUCGAGCCCAUCUGCAAGAAGCAGCUGGCCGACUGGGGCCUCGACUACUUCGACCUGUACCUGAUCCACUUCCCCGUCGCCCUCGAGUACGUCGACCCGUCGGUGCGGUACCCUCCCGGCUGGUUCUACGACGGCGAGAAGGACAUCCGCCCCAGCAAGGCGACCAUCCAGGACACCUGGACCGCCAUGGAGGGUCUCGUGGACGCAGGGCUGGCGCGGUCCAUCGGCGUGUCCAACUUCCAGAACCAGCUCGUCUACGACCUGCUGCGGUACGCCCGCAUCCGGCCCGCCACCCUGCAGAUCGAGCACCACCCGUACCUCGUGCAGGAGCAGCUGCUCAAGGCCGCCGAGGCCGAGGGCAUCACCAUCACCGCCUACUCGUCCUUCGGCCCCGCCGGCUUCGUGGAGCUCGACAUGGCCCGCGCCAAGAACGUCACCCCGCUGAUGGAGGAGCCCACCGUGAAGAAGAUCGCAGACAAGCUGGGCAAGACGCCUGCGCAGGUGUUACUGCGGUGGGCGACACAGCGGGGUGUGGCCGUGAUUCCCAAGAGCAGCUCCGAGGGCAGGAUGAAGCAGAACCUGGAGAGCAGUGACUUCAAGAUCGACGAGGCCGAUAUUGAGGCUAUCAGCGGGUUGGAUCAGGGCUUGCGGUUUAACCAGCCAACAAACUACUUCCCAACCGAGAAGCUUUGGAUUUUCAGCUAAACUCCAAAUCAUGGACAAACCGACCCCGGUAGCUUGCUUAUGAUGAUCGACCGGGCAUGUUAUGAAAUGAAUUAUCUGGUACGCUGAUAGAGUGAAUGGGAGGAAUUAUGGAUCAAGUUCUGCUUCCACAGCUUUCUCUGGGUAUAAACAUACAAACCCGAU